UUCUUAAUUUAAUUUUACUUUAUUUGUACUUUUAUUUUUUACAUUUACAGUUGUACGUAUAUUUGUUGCUGAUAUGAUGUUGCAAUACCCGGUUUACCCACCGAGCGAUUAAGUGGCACCAUAACCACAAGAAACGUACGAAGAAGAAGCAGUUCAAAGGUUACCUGGAAGCGUCACUUGCUACGCAGUUCGAUAACACGUUUAGGACUUCAUCCCAAACAUAUUCGCACUUUAUCGCUAUUCUGCCCGUGAAGGAAGCUGCUAUGUCGUCCUACACGUGCAUCAGCUGCCGCGUGGCCUUCUCCGACGGCGAGGUGCAGCGUGCCCACUACAAGAGCGACUGGCACCGCUACAACCUGAAGCGCAAGGUUGCUGACAUGCCCCCUGUCAGCGCUGACAAUUUCCAGGAGCGUGUCUUGUCACAGCGCGCCGCCACCGAGCGCCAGCUGAGUGACACUGCCGAGGCCUGCUCCAUCUGCAACAAAAAGUUCUCCAGCAACAACGCCUUCCAGAACCACCUGCGGUCGCAGCGCCACCAGCAGGCCGAGCGUCGCGCCCAGGAGGCCGCCCGCCAAAAGGUGGACAAGCUUAAUCAGAAGAACCUGGAGAAGGGGCUCGCCGGUGAAGACAAGGCGGACCGAGACGCCAGGAACGAGGCUCUGCAGCAGGCCCUCAAGGAGGAGCGGAGUGCCCGGCGGCCCACUACGGGUGGGGAAGAGGCGCCAGUUCGCAGUAAGACGGAAAAACCUCCGCGACUCAUGUGGCUGGAGGAGCAGGCCAAGCGGAGAGAGAAGGAGGAAGGGCCUGCCGUCGACGAAGGGCCUGCCGUAGACGAAGAGGAAUGGGAGGACAUGGAUGAAGAUGGGGAUGAUGAUGAUGAGGAAGACAUGGAGGAGGAAGAGGAUGAAGAUGAGACCAUGGAGGAUAAGGAAGAAGACUCAACUACUUCGUCCAACCCGCAGCUGCCAGCCGUCCCCGCCCUCCCCGGUUCCAUCCCCAUCACGAACUGCCUGUUCUGCUCGCAUCAUUCCAAGUCACUGAUGCGCAAUGUCGCCCACAUGACGCACGUUCACAGCUUCUUCAUCCCGGACCUUCAGUACCUGGUGGACCUCAGGGGUCUGGUCCGCUACCUCGGCGAGAAGGUGGGCGCGGGCAACGUGUGCCUAUGGUGCAACGAGAAGGGACGCUCCUUUUACUCCACAGAAGCCGUGCAGAAACACAUGACAGACAAAAGCCACUGCAAGCUCUUCACGGACGGGGACGCCGCGCUGGAGUUUGCCGACUUUUAUGACUUCAGGAGCAGCUACCCAGACAGAGGGGAGGGGCGUGACGAUGACAUGGACGGCGAGCUUUCCGACGACAAGAACAUCCAUUACGACGACGAGACAAUGGAGCUCACACUUCCAUCAGGCGCCAGGAUCGGCCAUCGUUCCCUCAUGCGUUACUACAAGCAGCGCUUCGGAGCCGAGAGGACGCUGGCCCUGAGCCACAACAGGAACGCAGUGGGACGGAUGUUGCGCCAAUACAAAGCGCUUGGAUGGGGCGGCGACGCAGGCCUGAGUGGCAUGCGUCCCGCUCCUCGUGACAUGCAGUACGUGCAGAUGAUGAAGUCCAAGUGGAUGCUGAAGAUGGGCAUGAGUCACAACGCCACCAGGCAGAAACAUUUCCGCCCGCAAGUCAUCUUCUGAGACUUCAGCUUGGAAGUCUCAGUGUUUCAAACCGGGGCAGCUUUUGUGUGAAUCAGUGACCUGAAAAUGACCUUGGGAUACGCGCAACGAGGUACGGAUCGCCACUUGGGUGAUUAUUUUUUGAGGGACUCCCAAGUGAAAAUUGGAGAUGGAUUUGCUGUAUGGUGGCAAAGAAAGCUGUUAAUUGCCGCCCCCAGUAUAAGUUUGCUAUCAGAAAAAAAAGCUAACCAAGCGAAACAAUCACAUAGGUUUGGUGCUAGCUUAAUGCUAAUACAUCAUGGGAAAUUUCAUUUUGAACUUGAAUAAAAUGAAAAGUUACAAUACUUAAAAAAACUAUAAUGCACUCACUUGUGAAAAAAUAUAAGCAAAUCAAAAAAUAAAUUUAAAAAACCCUUAAAGAUUAGGAAUGUUCGACAUAAACUAUAUAUUGCCUCCAGGCGGCCAUGGCACACACACCAGAAAGAACAGCACAAUGUACAUUGAGCUGAAGCAAAAAGUGUGACAAACACAGUUUAAUUCCUUAGUCUAUUUAAAGAUGUCAUUGUUGUUGUAUGUUUCAAGAAAAUAUACUACAGCACCGUGAUAUUUUUCUUUAGUAAAAUACACAUCGCAAUUAUUUUGUGGGUGGGAAUUUGGACGGAUUAAUGGUCUUGCCAUUCAUUUCUGGUGGGAAAGAUGGUUUGAGAUACAAGUGUUUUGAGUAACGAGCACUGCCACAGAAUAAAAUCAAAUCGUACCUCAAGGUGCCUUGAUAAUCCCACCCCCCUUCACUUUUUUCUGCAUCAAGCUGGACAGCAAAAUUUGCAACAUCUCAACACUUUUGCAACCAUCAGCACUGUCAAUUUCCGCCGCAUUUUGCUGAUCAUUUUCAGGAGUUGGACGCUUGUGGACAAGACAUACAAAUAGAAAUUAUGUCAAACGAAUAUUGAUAAUGCAGUUAAAUGUCAACAGACAACUGUUCUAAUAAACCAUUUGAAAUCAACAAAAA